AUGGAGAGAAGGGUGGAGACGGACGGUGGGUGCAGCGUGUGCGGGUCGAUGGAGAGAAGGGUGGAGACGGACGGUGGGUGCAGCGUGUGCGGGUCGAUGGAGAGAAGGGUGGAGACGGACGGUGGGCGCAGCGUGUGCAGGUCGAUGGAGAGAAGGGUGGAGAUGGACGGUGGGUGUAGCGUGUGCAGGUCGAUGGAGAGAAGGGUGGAGACGGGACGGUUGAUGGAGAGAAGGGUGGAGACGGACGGUGGGUGUAGCGUGUGCAGGUCGAUGGAGAGAAGGGUGGAGACGGACGGUGGGUGUAGCGUGUGCAGGUCGAUGGAGAGACGGGUGGAGACGGACGGAGGGUGUAGCGUGUGCAGGUCGAUGGAGAGAAGGGUGGAGACGGGACGGUGGGUGUAG